AUGCCACCUAAUAAAUUAAAAAGUAAGAUUUGGAACUAUUUUAAAAGAACUGGCGACAAAGAAGCUAUUUGCAAAAUAUGCAACAAGAGCCUAAAAACUUCAGGCAAUACAACUAAUUUGCGUGGGCAUUUAGAAAAUGUGCAUUUGCAGCAACUGGAAGAUUUUGAUGUUCCCUGCAAAAAGAAAAAACCCAAUUCCAUAACUGAUUUUAUGUCCGUAAAUGAUGUUGCAUCACCUGCCCGUGCCCCUGCCAGUAGUGCCAGUACCAAUCAAGAUAAUAUUGAACUUUCAAACAUCACAACGUCAAACAGUGAUGUCAAUGUCAAUGCUUCGACUAGUUCCAGUGCUGUUAAAUAUGUAUCCUCACUUUCGUCACAAAAUUCAAUGGCCAGUACAUCAAAUGUUGUAAUUCAUCCACAGAAAACUGCUCAGCCUCAUGUUGAUGAUUUCAUAAACAACAUUAAAAGUAUUUCUACACAGGUUGGAGCAAAAUCUAAGAAGAUUACUGAGGCUAUUACCAACUUUAUUAUAAUGGAUAAUAGACCGUUUUCCACUGUAGAAGGUAAAGGUUUUAUACAACUCAUGAAAGAAGUGUGUCCGUUAUAUAAGGUACCAAGUCGAGAGACAAUAAAAAUGAGGGUUGAUGAUAAAUACGAAGCCAUGAGUCAUCUUUUUAAAACAUAUAUCACAAAUUCUGCCAGCUAUUGUAUCACGUACGAUAUUUGGACCGAAACCAUGCAAAAUAAAUCUUUUAUUGGUGUUACUAUACAUUUUUUGGACAAAUUUCAACUUCUCAGCGGGACCUUGGGUGUUUUUGAGUUGACCGAAAGCCACACGUCGAUGUACAUAGCUCAAAAAUUAACUGAUAUUUUAGCCGAGUGGAACGUUUCCAUUGAGAAAGUUUCAGCUGUCAUCACAGACAAUGACAGCACUGUUAUGAAGGUCAAUCGGGAAAUAUUUGGAGAUAAAAAAAAUAUUCCCUGCUUUGCUCAUACAAUCAACUUGGUUGUCGCGAAAUCUAUUGACGAUUCAAAAAUAUGUACCGAAUUAAUUGGUAAAGUUCGAGAUAUCGUAAAAUAUAUUAAAAGGAGCGUUAAUGCAAGUGAUGAGUUAAGGAAGAGACAAAUUGAUAUGGGAUUGAAGCAAGGUCAAAUAAAAAAAAUGAUACUUGAUGUUCGCACAAGGUGGAAUUCUCAUUUCUAUAUGCUCCAAAGAUUCAUAGAUUUGGUGUCCAUUGUAGGAGCAAUACUUUUGACUCGACCUGAAGCUCCACCAAUGAUAUCAAGCAGUGAACUGGAUUGUGUCAGAGAAAUGAUAGAAUUACUAUGCCCGUUUGAAAAAAUAACAAAAGAAUUCUCUGGAGAUAGUUACGUGACGGUAAGCAAAGUAAUUCCACUAGUUAGUUGUGUUCGUGAAGUGGUGGAAAACAUAAAGCCAAGAAAUGAACCAAUAGUGCAAUUCAAAGCAGAAUUGAAGAAACAACUAGCUAAGAGGUUUGAUACGAUAGAACAUUCGUCAAUCCUUGCCAUCUCUACUACUCUCGACCCCAGGUUUAAGUUCAUGCAUUUCAAAGAUGCCGUGGCCAAGAGCAAAGUAGUAAAUUACUUAAAUAAAUAUGCGCGGGAAUAUGAGAAUGAGUCUUUGGCUAAAGCAGGGAGUGACUCCUCUGAGGAAUCUGAUAAAGAUGAUGCUGAAUUUGACAUCUGGAAGUAUCACAAGCAGUUAACACACAAAAACAUGAAGAAUAAAUUAUCUUCUUCAGUUACGCCAAGUUCCAUCAGCGAAACCGAGGUCCAGAUGUACCUUUCAUCCCCUGUAACACCGAUAAAGAGGGAUGCCAUUGAAAUUUGGGAGGACAUGAAAUCUCUGUUUCCAAAACUCUCUAGGAUCGCAAUGACAUACCUCCCGAUCGUUGCAACAUCAGUCCCAAGCGAAAGAUUAUUUUCAGAAGCUGGGGCAACUGUCACUCAAGACAGAAACAGGCUUUUGGGAACAAGGCUUUCCAAGCUUGUGUUCCUCAAUUCAAUUUCAAGAUUUUUGAACUCGAAAAAUUAA